CCUCCAGGGAGGACAAGAGUUCCCUGGGCAGAUCCCAGCAUGAGAACAGGAACCUACAGCUGGAGCACAGGCAGAGUGGGCUUGGCUUGGCAGAGGUACCCACACCUGUGAUCCAUUCGUGCCCUGCCUAGCUGGGGAGCAGGAAGGCCAGGCAUGAAAGGUGACAGAUCCCUGGCUACCUCCUGGCCAGUGGCCAAGAAGCUGUGGCGGGAAGCAACCAUGGAGCGGCCGGGCCCAUCUGGGGGGAAUUGCUCCGCUAAAUCUGCCUCCUUCCAGGAUGCUGUACGCACACUCAACACCCUGCAAACCAAUGCCAGCUACCUGGAGCAGGUGAAGAGCCAGCAGGGUGACCCACAGACGAAACUGGAAGCCAUGGAGCUGUACUUGGCACGGAGUGGGCUGCAGGUGGAGGACUUGGACCGGCUGAACAUCAUCCAUAUCACUGGGACCAAGGGGAAGGGCUCCACCUGUGCCUUCACUGAACGUAUCCUCCGAAGCUAUGGCCUGAAGACCGGAUUCUUUAGCUCUCCCCACCUGGUGCAGGUGCGUGAGCGGAUCCGCAUCAAUGGGCAGCCCAUCAGCCGCGAGCUCUUCACCAAGCACUUCUGGCGCCUCUACCAGCGGCUGGAGGAGACCAAGGAUCCCAUCUCCCCGGAGCAGAGGCUGCAGGGGCCCCAGGCUCUGAUGUGUUCCUGUCCACAGGAUAGCAAAAGCCGUGUCUCCAUGCCCGCCUACUUCCGUUUCCUUACGCUCAUGGCCUUCCACGUCUUCCUCCAAGAGAAGGUGGACCUGGCAGUGGUAGAAGUGGGUAUUGGUGGGGCUUAUGACUGCACUAACAUCAUCAGGAAGCCUGUGGUAUGUGGGGUCUCAUCUCUUGGCGUUGACCACACUAGCCUUCUGGGGGACACGGUGGAGAAGAUCGCAUGGCAGAAAGGGGGCAUCUUCAAGCAUGGUGUCCCUGCCUUCACUGUGCCCCAGCCUGACGGUCCCCUAGCAGUGCUGAAGGAGCGCGCUGAGCAGAUCUCAUGUCCCCUUUAUCUAUGCCCACAACUGGAAGCCCUGGAGGAAGGGGGGCCACCUCUGACCCUUGGCCUGGAAGGAGAGCACCAGCGGUCCAAUGCUGCCUUGGCCUUGCAGCUGGCCCGCUGCUGGCUGCAGCAAAAGGACCACCGAGGAAUCGGGGAGCUGACGGCAUCCAGGCCGAGCCUCCUGCAGCAGCUGCCUCUGGCGCCUGUGUUCCAGCCUACAUCCCACAUGCGGCACGGGCUUCGGGACACCGAGUGGCCGGGCCGUUCGCAGGUGCUGCGGCGCGGGCACCUCACCUGGUACCUGGACGGCGCGCAUACCUCCAGCAGCAUGCAGGCCUGCGUGCGCUGGUUCCGCCAGGCGCUGCACCGUGGCGAGAGGCGGGGCAGCGCGCCAGAGGUGCGUGUCUUGCUCUUCAACUCUACUGGGGACCGGGAUCCCGCCGCCCUGCUGAAGCUGCUGCAGCCCUGCCAGUUUGACUAUGCUGUUUUCUGCCCUAACCUGACAGAGGUGUCAUCCACAGGCAAUGAAGACCAGCAGAAUUUCACAGUGACACUGGACCAGGUGCUGCUCCGCUGCCUGGAACACCAGCAGCACUGGAGGCACCUGGAUGAGGAGCAGGCCAGCCCGGACCUCUGGAGUGCCCCCAGCCCAGAGCCUGGUGGGCCUGCCUCCCUGCGGCUGGCACCCUGCCCGCCCCAUACCCACAGCUCCGGCUCCCUUGUCUUCAGCUGCAUUUCCCAUGCCUUGCAGUGGAUCACCCAAGGCCGGGACCCUGUCUUUCAGCCACCCAGUCCCCCACGGGGCCUCCUCGCCCACCCUGUGGCAGGCAGCGGGGCCAGUGUACUUCGUGAGGCAGCUGCCAUCCAUGUGCUGGUCACAGGAAGCCUGCACCUGGUGGGCGGUGUCCUGAAACUGCUGGAGCCCUCCCUGUCCCAGUAGCCAAGGCAGUGGGGUUGGAGGUGAGGCCUCCCACACCUGCCCUGCGUCUUUUCACGAACUCCUGUAUUAGGUGCCUUUCGUUGUCUGCUUUGCUGAUUCUGUCUAGACUGGCCCAGGGGCCUGGGCUCAGGGCAGUGACAUAGAGGGCUGGUGGGUGGGAGGCUGAGAUCAGACAUCCUCUGUCUCUGAGCCAGCGGUGCCCUUGGCCUCUCCUUCCUGCUGAGACAACCAGGGGCCUUCCUAGUUCUCCUGCUGUGGUAGUCGGCCUGACAAUCCAGUCCAUCUCCCUCCCAUCUCCCUCCCCGCCCCUGCUUCCUGCCUCAGGCCCAGCUUAUUGUGUGAGCUGCCCAGCCAGGCCUGGGAUCCUGCCAGGUGCAGGUCAACAGAUUUCCUCCUCUCAGUGCCUUCUGGGAAAGGAGAGGGUCCCUGCCUGGGGCCUCCUGGGGACAGAGGGGGGCUGGAUUGAAUUAAAGCCUUUACCGUUUUUUUAAAAGAAAAA